AAUGGCUCUUUGGAUAGACAAAUACCGUCCACGGGAAAUGUCAAAACUUACUUUUCACAAAGAACAAUCAGAAAAAUUAUCUUCGCUUGUAACUGACGGGGAUUUUUCUCAUCUUUUAUUUUGCGGGCCAGCAGGUGCAGGAAAGAGAACAAGAAUUAAUUGUUUACUUAAAAAGAUUUAUGGGAAAGGUGUAGAAAAUGUUCAUGUCGAAACACAUCAUUUUUCAAUUCCAAGUGGCAAAAAAUUGCAAAUAUUUGUUGUAAACAGUAAUUAUCAUAUUGAAUUGACACCUAGUGAUGUUGGGGUUUACGAUCGAGUUAUUGUACAAGAAAUUAUUAAAGACAUGGCACAAGUACAACAAUUGAAUAGAGCUUCACAAAAGGCAUUUAAAGUUGUUGUUUUAUUGGAAGCAGAAAAUCUUACUAAAGAAGCCCAACAUUCAUUGAGACGAACUAUGGAAAAAUAUGCCGCUAAUUGUAAAAUUAUUCUUUGUUGUGAAUCCGCAAGUAGAAUAAUUGAACCACUUAGAAGUCGUUGUAUGGUUAUUCGAGUAUCUGCACCUUCUGAUGAAGAAUUAUUAGAGUGUGUGGAGAAUGUUUGUACCCGGGAGCGUGUCCAAGCAUCAAAUGAAUGGCUCCGAAAAUUAGCUGAAAAAUCUAAUGGAAAUUUGCGUAGAGCUCUUUGUUUACUUGAAUGCAGUGUUUCACAAAAUGGACACAAUUUAGACAAGCAGCCAAUUGUUGAACCAGAAUGGGAAGGUUAUAUACGAGAUAUAGCUAAAUUAAUUGUUCAGACUCCAACUCAAAAUGGUUUAUUGGAUAUUCGUAAUCGUUUUUAUGAAUUACUUUGUCGUUGUAUUCCUUCUUCAAUUAUUUUUACGCAUUUAAUUCUUGAAUUAUCAAAAAUUCGGGAUACCUCGCCAAUAUUUCCUUUGAUUGUUUCAACAGCUGCCGAAUAUGAACAUUCAACUCGUUUGGGAAGUAAAGAUAUUAUACAUUUAGAAGCUUUUGUAGCUACCGUUAUGAGUUUAAUUGUUGAGAAAAGAUUGCAGAAAAUUUAA